AGCUUAACAAGUGACAUCCCUGUUCAAUCAGAGGUCGGUGACGCGCCUCUGAAAGAAUUAAAACGAAUCUCCAUUCUGCGUUUCAAGUGAGAAGAGAAAGAGUUAGAAGAAGAGGCUCCAUAACCAUAAACCCUAGAAAUUCAAAAAUUUAUCAAAUUCAACGCGCAUGAUCCCACUCUCGAACCCUAAUCCCCAACGCUGAAGCUGCCAAAUGGGUCGACCCGAACCAUGCGUCCUCUUCGCUCAGACCUUCGUUCACCCUCAGCUCGAUGAGUACGUCGACGAGGUGAUUUUCUCAGAGCCCAUUGUCAUCACUGCUUGUGAGUUCCUAGAACAGAGUGCUUCAUCAGUUGCCCAAUCAGUAGCACUUGUUGGAGCCACUUUACCUCCUUCGUUUGCGAUAGAGGUGUUUGUUCACUGUGAGGGAGAGACAAGGUUCAGAAGACUUUGUCAGCCUUUUCUCUAUUCACACUCUUCAUCAAAUGUGUUGGAAGUAGAGGCUGUUGUUACUAGUCAUCUAGUUGUUAGGGGUAGCUACCGCAGUUUGAGCUUGGUUAUAUAUGGUAACACAGCUGAGGACCUGGGCCAGUUUAACAUUGAGUUUGGUGACAAUGCAUUGACUGAUCUGGCUGAUUCUGAGGAGGGAAAGCUUGAAGACCUUCCAGUUGCAUUACAUCCUACUAAUUUUACUAUUGAAGAUUCAAGUUCUUUGAAUGUAUUGUCCAUCCCAGUUCCCGCAGCAGAUAUUUCUGUUGAAGUCAAACUGUUUCUACAGUUGAUGUUAAAGAUUUUAGAGUUUUCUGAGCUUGGGGAUGCUGGACAUAAGGUUGUAAGUACUGUAGUAUCAGCAAUCGCUUCUUACAUUUCUAGUGACAUAUGUGAAUCAAUCAGUGGGAGAUAUCAGACACGAAAUAGACCUGAUAAGUUUGAAGAGUUGCACGGUGUUGUCAAUGAGGCAAGAAAAGAACUUCUUGAGGUUUAUAAGGUUCUUCAGCAAAAAAUAGGGAGUGAAUCUUCCGAAUAUUCAGCAGAGGGCAAUGGCCUUGAAAUGGGAACUGAAAUUUCUGAUUCCAAAGUGUUGGUAGAUAUGUUUAAUCAUUACUUUCAGUUUAAAAGGCAAUCUUUGCUUACGGGAGAUCACUUUGUAUCUCGGAGUGAGCAUACCCUGUUAGGAUUGAGCAUGGCUCAUUUGCUAUGCUCUGGUAGGGAGAGCUGCUUUCAUUUUGUUAAUAGUGGGGGAAUGGAACAGCUUGCAAAAUUUUUCUCUAAGGAUGGGCAAAACUCUACUACUAUCAUGCUCCUGCUUCUUGGUGUUGUGGAGCGGGCCGCUAGGUUUUCAGUUGGAUGUGAAGGUUUCUUAGGUUGGUGGCCUCGGGAAGAUGAAAAUAUUCCGUCUGGAACCAGUGAAGGUUAUAGCCAAUUGUUAAAGUUGAUACUGUCCAAACCUCGUCAUGAUGUUGCUUCUCUUGCGACCUAUUUGCUUCAUCGCUUACGCUUUUAUGAAGUUACUUCAAGAUAUGAGUCUGCAGUUCUGUCUGUGCUGGAAAACAUCAGUACGGCUGGUAGGGUUACAGAUGUUACAUUGAAUAUGCUCACCUCUGCUGAAAUUUUCCUCAGAAAGCUCCUGAAAUUGAUAAAUUCACGUGGUCCAAUUGAAGAUCCUUCUCCACUGGCCUGUGCAAGCAGAUCAAUGAUUUUUGGUCAAACAGAUGGAUUACUAUCAUAUAAAACAACUUCUGCCUUGAUCAACUCUUCAAGUUGUUGCUUUGCAGAUUGGGAUAUUGACUCGCAUUUAUUGGGACUUUUGAAGGAGCGGGGUUUUGUUUCUUUAUCAACUGCACUGUUGUCAUCAUCUGUAUUGCGCACAGAAAAGGGACAUGUCAUGGAAAUAUUCAUGGAUGUUACCUCUUCAGUUGAGGCUGUGAUACUUUCAUUACUUUUUUGCCGUUCAGGCUUGAUAUAUCUAUUACAGGAUCCUGAACUUUCUAGUACUUUAAUCCAUGCCCUCAGGGGUGGUCAUCGUGGCAACAAGGAAGAUUGCGUUCCUCUUCGAUAUGCUUCCGUUUUGAUUUCAAAGGGUUUCUUUUGUAGUCCACUGGAGAUAGGAAUGAUAGUGGGGAUGCAUUUAAAAGUGGUUAAAGCCAUUGAUUCUUUGCUUUCUUCAAAUCCUCAGUCAGAAGAGUUCUUAUGGGUUGUGUGGGAACUCUCUGCUCUGUCAAGGUCUGAUUGUGGACGGCAGGCUUUGUUGGCUUUGGCAAAUUUCCCUGAGGCUAUUUCUUUGUUGAUUGAAGCACUGAGUUCUGUAAAGGAAACUGAAUCUGUUGUAAAAAACAGUGGAUCAUCGCCAGUAAAUCUGACAUUAAUUCACUCAGCUGCGGAGAUUAUUGAAGUCAUUGUUACAGAUUCUACAGCAUCAUCUUUAGGUUCUUGGAUUGGACAUGCCAUGGAGCUUCAUAGGGCUUUGCAUUCCUCCUCUCCAGGGUCCAACAGAAAAGAUGCUCCCUCACGGCUAGUGGAAUGGAUAGAUGCUGGUGUAGUAUACCAUAAACAUGGGGGUAUUGGUCUCCUACGCUAUGCUGCUGUAUUGGCUUCUGGAGGGGAUGCCCAGUUGACUUCAACUAGCAUCCUAGUGUCAGAUCUAACUGAUGUUGAAAAUGUUGUUGGAGAGUCUUCCAUUGGCUCUGAGAUUAAUGUUAUGGAGAAUCUGGGGAAGUUUAUAUCUGAAAAAUCUUUUGAUGGUGUUACUCUUCGAGAUUCUUCGUUGGCGCAAUUGACAACGGCACUCAGGAUUUUAUCUUCCAUUUCUGAGAACCCUACUGUUGCUGCAACUCUCUAUGAUGAAGGUGCUGUAAUAGUUAUCUUUGCUAUUUUAGUGAACUGCAGAUUCAUGCUGGAGAGAUCCUCAAACAGUUAUGAUUACCUUGUAGAUGAGGGUACAGAAUGCAAUGCUACAUCUGAUUUACUAUUGGAACGUAAUCGUGAGCUUAGCAUAGUUGAUCUUUUGGUUCCUUCUCUGAUGCUACUGAUCGAACUCCUACAGAAAUUACAGGAAGCAAAGGAGCAGCACCGUAAUACAAAACUAAUGAAUGCUCUUUUACGAUUACACAGAGAAAUCAGCCCCAAGCUAGCUGCUUGUGCAGCAGACUUGUCAUCUCCAUAUCCUAAUUAUGCUAUUGGUUAUGGAGCUGUCUGUCAUCUUAUUGCGUCUACCCUUGCCUUUUGGCCGGUAUAUGGAUGGAGUCCAGGUCUUUUUCACACCCUUCUCACGAGCGUCCAAGCUAGUUCAGUGUUGACUCUUGGUCCAAAGGAAACAUGUAGUUUGCUCUAUCUUUUGAGUGAUUUAUUCCCUGAGGAGAAUAUGUGGCUUUGGACUAGUGGAAUGCCUUUGUUGAGUGCACGAAGAAUGUUGUCUGUUGGAACCCUAUUUGGGCCCCAGAAGGAGAGACAUGUCAACUGGUAUCUGGAACCUGCACACCUUGAGAAGCUGGUUUGCCAAUUUGGACAUCACAUUGAUGAAAUUGCUGAGAUUAUACAGCAUUAUGCUGUUUCUGCAUUAGUGGUCAUUCAAGAUCUAUUGCGCGUCUUUGUAACUCGCAUUGCAUGCCAAAAUCCAGAUUAUGCGUCUCGGCUAAUACGCCCAGUAUUGUCAUCAAUUAAUCACCAUAUUUCCGAAUCAUCCUCUCCAUCUGAUACCGAUGCAUUUAAGGUUUUGAGGCUCCUUGAUUUUCUUGUCAGUCUAUUGGAGCAUCCAUUUGGCAAGGGCCUAUUAUUGAGGGAGGGCACCCUUCAGAUUAUAACCAAAGUAUUGGAGAGAUGUUUUGUUAGUGUUGAUGCCGAUAUAAGGCAGACUCUGGAUAGUAGUUCUGCAAAGUGCAAUUUUAAUUCGUUUAGUUGUUGUUUCCCAGUAUUCAAGUUUAUUAUGCUUCUUUUUCAUUCUGAAGCUCCUCGUCAUCACCCACGAAGGCAUGACAUUAAAAGUUGUGGAAAAUUGAGCGAUGUUGAUUGUGCCUUGAUAUUACGUUACCUUUUGAAGGGCUGUGAGGUCCUGCCUGUUGGAAAAGAGUUACUGGCUUGUCUUACAGCUUUCAAAGAAUUAGCUUCUUGUACUCAAGGUCAAAUGGCAAUUGGAGCUUCUCUUUCUGGCAUCCACUCUCAAGCUCAUGAACUUGAAUCGCGCAAUGAUGAUAAUGUUGUGAAUUGUAAUGAUCAUAGUGUUGCAGAAUGGAAAAAACGCCCCCCAUUACUAAGCUGUUGGAUGAAGUUGUUGAGAUCAAUCAACACAAAGGAUGAUUUGUCAACUGGUGCUGUUGAUGGUGUUUAUAUGCUAUCUCUUGGGUCUCUGCAGUUUUGCAUUGAAGGAGACAGUUUGAAUGCGGAGAGAGUUGCCGUGUUGAAGUACCUCUAUGGGCUUUCUGAUGAUAUGACAAGAUCAGCCGAUUUUCCUGAAGAAAAUAUUAAUUACAUUCUUGAAUUUGGUACUUUGUUAAGUUCGAAGGUUGCUAUGGAUGACGGUUUAGUUACGCCUCACUUGCAAAUUCCACUCUAUCAGGUUUCCGAACUGGUUAAGUCAUUGUCAUCAGUAUUGCAAAGAUCAGCAAGUUCCAUGGUGGUGGAUGAACUUGUUUUGCCCCAAAAUGAUGCUUUAAGUUUUGCAGAGACACGUCAAAUGCUAGAGAACAGUGUUGAAAUGAUUGAUGAUCAUCUAUACAAUGGAGGACUUGGGGACAAAUUCCUCUGGGAAUGUCCGGAAACAUUACCUGAUAGAUUAACGCAGACAAACCUUGCAACUAAAAGGAAAAUCUCAUCCAUGGAUGGGCCAGUAAGGCGUGCCAGAGGAGAAAGUUUCCAGGCUGAUAACUCUUCUCAAAGUACAUUUUCACGUGGUGUAUCACAGUCUAAUGUUCCUUCAGGUCCUACACGUAGGGAUGCCUUCCGACAGCGCAAGCCGAAUACCAGUAGACCCCCAUCUAUGCAUGUGGAUGACUACGUGGCCAGAGAGAGGAAUGUUGAUGGGGUUACUAAUGUAAUAGCGGUGCCACGAGCAGGAUCAACUGGCGGAAGACCUCCAUCAAUUCAUGUAGAUGAAUUCAUGGCAAGGCAAAGGGAACGCCAAAACCCUUCUGCAGCAGUAGUGGGAGAGGCUGUGGGACAUCUGAAAAAUGCAUCUCCUGUUAAACCUGCAGAUGGGGAAAAGUUAAACAAAUCCAAGCAAUUAAAGACUGAUCUUAACGAUGAUCUUCAAGAGCUUGAUAUAGUUUUUGAGGUGGAGGAAUCCGAGCAUGACGACAAAUUGCCAUUCCCUCAACCUGAUGAUGACUUACCACAGGCUGCCCCUGUUAUUGUUGAGCAGAGUUCUCCUCACUCGAUCGUUGAAGAGACAGAAAGCGACGCUGUUGAUAGUAGUCAAUUUUCUCGUAUGGGUACCCCGUUAGGAUCUAAUGUGGAUGAAAAUGGCCAAAGUGAAUUUUCUUCAAAGAUGUCUGUUUCUCGCCCUGAUAUUUUAGCUCGCGAAUCUAGUGUUUCUUCAGACAGGAAGUAUGUUGAGCAGUCCGACGACCUAAAGAAUGUUGUUCCAGCCAAGUCAUCUGGCGGAUAUGAUUCUUCAAUGGCACACAGUUCUGGUUUUCCGGGGCCACUUUAUAAUAAUCCAUCCAUAUCACCUCUGCAAUUACCAGCCGAUUCAAGGAUGGCUUCCCAGAAUUUCUUCAUGAAGAACAGCCCACAACAUGGCGGUAAUGCUUCAGGUUCUCAAGGACUGUAUGAUCAGAGGUUUUUGCCUAACCAACCACCUCUACCACCCAUGCCACCACCACCAACAAUCUCGCCCGUUAUAUCACAUGCUCCAGAUUCUGUUCCUGGACAGUCGUCCCCAUUUGUUAAUUCUCCUGCAGGCACACAGCGUCCAGUGGCAUUCCAAGUUCAGACGGAUUAUUCAUCUCCAUUCAACAAUGGUUCAACUUCAACAUCAUCAGGACCUUCUGUUCCGAUACCAGAUAUGAAGUAUUCUAGGACUUCUGUUUCUUCUCCUGGAGGACCUAAUCGACUUGCUCCCCCACUUCCGCCCACACCUCCUCCUUUUGCAUCUAGCCCAUAUAAUUUACCAUCCGUUAAAACCUCCUCCGCAUAUGGUCAGACAAGUAUUGGUACCGCUGAACUUCCCCAGGCCUCCAAUGCACCUUUGGGUGCCAGAUCGUCGCCCUAUCCACCAAACCCUAUGAUGCUGCCUUUGGGAUUCAAUAGGCCAGCUUCUAUGCCAUUAAACCCUUAUGGUAACAGCCCAAGUCAUCAACAGAGUGAGAACCAGCCAAGCAUCUUGCAAAGCGUCUCUGUUCCUGCAGCUUCCUUUUCAUCAAUGCAUGCUGUUACUCAAUUGCAGCCGUUGCAGCCUCCUCAGCUUCCACGCCCUCCACAACCACCUCAGCAACUCCUUAGGCCACCUGUUCAAGCUUUACAGCAGUUGGAGCAAGGGAUGCCAAUGCCAACCAAUGUUCAAAUGCAUCAAUUACAGAUGCUGCAGCAGUCUCAGGUUUCGUCGAUACAGACUUAUUAUCAAAACCAGCACCAAGAGUUUCCACAUGCACCACAGCAGCAGCAUCAGCCAGCUGAAUUUACUCAACACCGCGAUGCUCAAGCACAGCAGCAGUCAGAUCCUGGAAUGUCAUUACACGAGUAUUUCAAAUCGCCGGAAGCAAUUCAGUCUUUGUUGAGUGACCGCGACAAACUUUGCCAACUUUUGGAGCAGCAUCCGAAGUUAAUGCAGAUGUUACAGGAAAGACUGGGCCAGCUGUAGCAGCGUGAUGGCAAAGUAGAACUAAAGAAGCAUGAUUUCUUGCACUAUUCUUAUCUGUAAAUGUUCUUCAUUAUUGAUUACUAAUGAGCUUGUGCUGAUGUUUGUGCCUCAGCCAUUGAAAUUUUGUGUUAAUAUGUACUUUAUUAACGUGCCUUUAACUUCUUAGUCAAUGCGCCAAUGGUCCUUAUGUUGAUUUGUGGCGCAAUCAUGGUGCUGUUGUACUUCUAUUGUACAGUUGCAUUAUUAGUUCUUGAUAUCAUUUCCUUACAAUGUGUAUAGUUAUUUCCUUCUCCUUUUACUAAAUUAUAUUCAAGUUUAAGUGCUAA